CAUCUCCGCUUUUGACCGAUUCCCCAGCCACCCGUUGCGCGCCUCCUAUCUCUUCUCCUUCUUCCCGCGCUACCUUACGCCUUAGCCCAUCUCAUCUCCUCCCGAGAGCGAGCCCCCCGUCGAGAUCGAUCACCACCCAGAAACGCGAAGGAACGAACGUGCACCCACCGGGGGAAGAUCGAUGGCGAGCAUCUUCUGGGGCGGCGGCAAGGCGGACGAGGUGGCCGACUUCGACGAGUACGACCCGACCCCCUACGGCGGCGGCUACGACAUCACGCUCACCUUCGGCCGCGCGCUCCCGCCCUCCGACGAAACCUGCUACCCGGUCUCCACCGCCCCUUCUUCUUCCUCCUCUUCCUCUCACUACGGCCGGGACGACGAGCAGCAGCAGCACCGCAGAAGGCCUCAGGACGUCGUCCAGGAGAGUGGACACGGGUCCGCAGCCGGGUACGGGAGGCGGCCUCACGCUGAUCAGGAGGAGAGCCAUGGCGGCGGCGGCUAUGUGGGGCACGAGAGGAAGGCUCACGGCGAGGACGACGAUGAGGGUGGGUACCGGAAGCCCAAGCCCAAGUACCAUGCUGAAGACGACGACGACGAGCGGCCCAGCUACGGCCGCAAGAAGAAUGAUGAUGACGACGAAGAGGGUGAGAGGAAGCCUCGCUACAAGAAGCGCGACGACGAGGAUGAUAGAAAGCCUCGUUAUAAGAAGCACGACGAUGAUGAAGAGGAUGAUGAUAGGAAGCCACGUUAUAAGAAGCGCGAUGAAGAUGACGACGACGACGAUGAUAGGAAGCCUCGUUAUAAGAAGCGUGACGAUGAUGAGGACGAUGACGAUGAUAGGAAGCAACGACAUGGGAGGAACAACCGCCGCCGUGACUACGAUGAUUAAUUACAUGUCACGGCCCGUGACAUAUGUGUCCAUCCCGCCUUUAUGUGACGCUAAAUAAGCAAAUCUACGGCGGCAUGCUUUUACGAAUUAUCCUCAUGUCUCCUUCGUUCUUUUUUUUUGGGAGGGAUUUCCAUUUUGCUUUUCACUGAUCACCAUGGACCCGGUCGUGUGUAUGCUUGAGAUUCUUUUCGGAAUAAAAUGUGCGGUUUGAGGGAUUUUUCAGUAAA